AUUGUUUUGGUUUUGAGCUUCCGUGUAUGAUUAAACAGCGCGCCACUUUUUGAAGCGUUUUAAUUUAGGAAGAAACAAAGUAACUCGCAUUUUUGAAAAUACGCGUGUGAAAGUCAAAGAGCGAUGGAGAGCCAAAGAGAACCCAGGGAACAAGGUGUCCUGAGUCAUUUGAUGGCUUUAGAAAGAAGUGGCAUGAUGCAACAUGACCAUCUUCAGUCAGAGAAGUUACAGAUGCUUAAAGUCACAGCUAUGACCCUCAGAGCCAAAAGAGAUAAACUCAAACAACAGACACACACCAUCAAGAUCCUAAAAGAUAAAAUCAACAAAGAUCUCCCUUUAGAAGAUGAUGUUGAUGCUGCCGGCUUUGUAGAACUACAACAGUCCUUGUUAACUGCUUGGCGAAUGCAGUUAAAAGACCUUCAGCGUGCCCAUCACUUAACUGGUGGCUAUGAUUUGGUGGAGAGUAAAGAAGGGAAAAGUGUGUGCGUAUCUUUUCACACGGCCUUUGAGGGUGUGUACUUGGACACGUAUAACAUGGAGCUGGACCUGAUGCGCACCGUGCAGAUCUCUCGUCAUAACAUCCCCCGGUCCUUCCCACUCGAGAGUUUUGCCAAACAGAACUUGCAGAAGGACCUCAAAGGUUUCCUGCAAACCGUCAGCCAAAACCUCAAUGCUUUAGCUGGUCGCAGACAGCAGAUCACGCUCAUCAAGGAGCUCAUUGGUUCAGUGGAGGUGAUGGAGAGCAAUCAGUUGUGUAAUAUUCUAGUGCUAAUGUGUAAAGCUCAAGGCGAGACACCUGUGGCUGUUCUGUGCACACUGGAGUAUGAAGAUCUCACACUCUGUCUGCCUACACAUGUCCGCAUUGAGAGUGAAGAUAAAACACUUUCAGAAUCUCCACAAUGGAAGAAAAACCAGUCGCUGCUUCUGGAGUCUCCUGCGCACACCGCUCUACUGACAAUGAGAAGGAUGGGCAGCAUUGUUUAAAGAACGUGACUAAAUUAAUACCAUAAUAGAAAUAAUAUCCUUGGCUCAUAGUUGAGAGAGGUCAAAAUGGUGACACAAUGUUUUCAAAUAUGUUCUAUAGUCUCAAGAAAACUUUGUAUUUUCUGUCGUAGUUUUUCUCUCUGAAGUUGCUUGAGUCUUUCUUUAUACCAGCGGUAAUACGCUUCCUGAUACAUGAGCUCUUUUUGAGAGAUGCUGUCAAUCAACGCCAGAUCUUUCAGUUGCAGAAUGGAAAGCUGAUCACUUUUGGAAGCUUUACAUUUUUCUAUAGAUAGAAAUGAGUCAUCUUGCUUGCCAAACAAUGUUGCCGAUUUAGCAAAUCUCUGGUCUGUAUCAUCUUCAAAAGUUUUCGCUGAAGAUAGGGCUCUGAAAGUUGGAGCAGAUGUUGAAAACCGCAUCUCGUGAGCAUUGUUCGCCAUCCUGACCUCUGAUAUGGCCCUCAUUGUGUUGUUUAUUGUUGCAUGCGGUUCACAAACUCUUAAAUGCAGAAGUCUUUUGUGUUCCUUUAACACUAACUCUCGCUCAUGCUCCAGCAGUCUGAGGUUGAGUCUGUAUUUGGCGCUGAUGUUGCGUAAUUUCCACUGAAGAUGGACGUCCUCUCUGUGGUUCAUUAGUCUUACGUCCGUAUGAAGGAAUGACUUGGGUCUCUUAAUGUUUGACUGUGUUGUCAUGUUGAGAUGUUACCUUUAAACAAAUAAAUGAAAUGGAACACAGAUACAGAUUUAUUUCAAGGCUUGUUUAUUUUCGAAAAUAGACCUGUACAAUGGGGUCCAAAAGUCUGAAACCACAAUUAAAAUCUUGGAAAUUAACAAAGCUUUAGGAUUUUGGAAAAUGUUAAACAAAGAAAAGUUAAAUGAAUACAAACACAUAGCAAAUACUAAGAGAUCAUGAAAUUCAUGUACAUUUUUCAAUUCAGCAUUUCACUUAAUUUAUGCAAAUACAUACACUGAAAAUGGUUGAGUACGCUCAACGACCAUAACGUAUAGAAAUAGCUUCUACUCAGAAAUGUACAUAUUUAAAACUUAAUUUGUAUUAAUAUGUACAACACAAAAUAUACAUUUUAAGGUGAACUUAAGAGUAAUACAUAAAUUUAAUGAAUAAUUGUGAGUUCUUUGAACUUCUUUGGCUUAAAGAUCCCUAAAAUUAAGGUUUUAAGUACGACUAACUCAGGAUCAAGUAGAGAACUGAGGUUGUGUGGAAAUCCAUUAGCUCUUGUACUUAAUUUAAGCAUGUUUGUUUGGUCUACAAGAACUUAUGUGGGCAUUUAAUUAGUUGUUAUUAAGAAUUCAUAGAGAUUUCUGAUCUUUUUAGUAUUACUGAUGUUUCGUGUUAAGUCACCAUUAGGGUGAUUACUGUUCCCUUUGGUGAAGUGGGAUCCUGUUCAAUCCAUGUAAUUUUUACUUGUGCAUGUGAAUGUGCGUUGCUAAAGUGCCGCUUUAAACGUGCACUUUUUGGGGAAUCAAGUUUAAUGACUGACCUUAGUCAUUAUUUUCUUUAAAGUCCAUUAAAUUAAGAAGCAAUGAUGUAAAUAUUACUUUGAAACAACUUGCUAUUGGUUGUUCAAUCUUAUCUUAUUUACUCGAUACCUUUUCAAGUAAAUAGAGUUGAAUGAACUGAUACAUUUUGUGUAAAUCUAACAAAAGUUUUCUAGUUGUGCUGACAAAAUGACUAUAAGUUGAAUUUACUUAAAAAGUGUGAUGCAAAAAUGCUACAUAUAUAUUUUAAGUAAAUCCAACUCAUUUUUAUUUAUUUUUAUUUUAUUUUUUUCAGUGUAGUUUGUUAUGAAAAAAUUUACUUAAUUAGGAAAGAAGGCAGAAGAGAUGCAUUUUUACUAGUGGUCUCAGUGUUCUGGACCCCAGUGUAUGUUUCAAGGCUAAUUUAUUUAACAAAUACACAUAGAUCCACAUAAAUAUGGAUACUGUGUAUAUACAUAAUACAUGUAAAUUUACUGUACCUCAAACUACUGCAAUGGUUUCUUGUCUUGCAGAGCCUGUAGUCGAAUAAUCCGCUGCUAUGACACUUGAACAUAUAAACAAUGUAUUUAGUUCUGUCCGGUUUCAGGGCAUUACAUUUCAGAGCCACCCAGUCACAUGACCACUAUUGUGUUGGUUAUAACAGGGUAGAGCUGUAACUUUCAGCUCUUUAGUUCAUCAAAUCUUUUAUAAUUUUUUUUAAACCUAUAGUACAGUGAAAUGCAUAGCACUGCAUAAAAAUGGUUGUUUGUGGUCUGAAAGACCCAAAACCCAAUUUAGUUUUUAAAGGAACACUCAGUAAUUUUUUCCCUCAUUUUAUUUAUUUCAAAUAAAUAAAUUGUAAUUUUGAAACAUAAAAAAAAAAUAAUAAUAAUUCUCACAUGAGAAGACUCCAGUCAUAUCAUGAACCUUAUAAAAGCUGUUUUAUUCUACAUGGAGUGGGUCCCCUCAUGGGGGCUGCCAUGUUAGGAUCACAUGACCAGCCGAAUACUACUCACUUAAUCUCAGUAACCGCCCUGUUAUUGGACACUCAGGGAUUAAAUUAGUCCUGGCUGACUACGAAUAGUGAAUUUCUAGGAUGGCAUCGGUAAUAAAAACUAUUGCGUUUGAAUGAUGCUGCAUCCACGCCACUAGGUGUCACUGUUAGUCCAAGACUACGUAUGUGCACCUUUAAUAACGCAAAAACAAUUAACAUUGAUACUUCACUACUGUUUUAGGAAGCCAACAGGAAAUAUUUUCUAAAUACAUUGUGUCUCAAGAGACCCCGAAAUAAAACUCAAAUGUUACUUGAAUGUAGGGUUGCGCAGUUUACCGGUACUAACGAAGUAUCGCGAUAACAAAAAAAUUAAAAAAUGAAAACUGUAUGAUAUCAUCUUGUUGCUAAUUUUGGUACCAUAUUACAGUAUGCUAUCCUUAGCAAAAUGAUAAAUUACAGUUUUGUGAUGAAAUCAAUGACAAUUUGAAAAUAAAAUAAAAAACUCUGGAUAUGGCCAAGUGUGAUCAUUAGACAGCAGAAGGAUGUACUUUAAUUAAACAAUAUACAGUCUCAUGCGCUGCCCCCUACAGAGUAAACGAGAGGUGCCGCUCUGUUCUGUCCUUUGCUUCACACACAUUAACUGUGCUUAAUUUUCAUGCAGUGUGUUUAGAGUAUAAACAGCUGUUAACACAUAAAUGAACUCCGGUGCAGCUCAGAGAUUUAUGCUCGAGAGUCGUGACAGGGUUAUCGCAACAUUAAUGGGAAGCUUGAUAUAACUAACCCGUCAAAAACAGGAAAAACUCAAAGGUCUAUCAAAAUAAAAAUCCCGCUAAAAUGAAUGCUCUAUGCGUGAAAUUAUCGACAGAAAAAUAUAACUACUGUAUAAAAAUUGUAUAUUCAAAAAGUAGCAAUAAUACUCAUAAUAACAAUUGUAUAAUAUUAAAUGGUUGUAUCAUUAUUUUUAUCAUCAUCUGUAAGAAAUAUCACUUCAUUAAUGUUUUCUUUAAUACUGUGAAGCUCUGUUGUGCAGCAUUUUU